AGUGGGGGCGGGGCCCCAGCGGCUUCUGCCUCCGCGGAGACUAUUUCUCCAGGAAUCACCUAACAUUAGGACCUGUAACCAAGGCUUCUACUUUCCCGAGAUUUGGAUCUUCCCACCAAGAUCUAGAACUGAUCACCAGCCAUUUAAACUAGACCGUAAACGGCAAAGGAUGCAAAUAGGCAUUUCACAGGAAAAAUAAAAAGACGCAAACAGCAAACAAUUGAUUAGAGACUCAACUUUUCUCGUGAAGAAAUGUAAACCAAAUUCACAGAUACCUUUUACACCUAUCAGACUGGAGAAGAUGAAACAGCUUUGACAUAACCAGAUGGGCCCCAGGCCAGUGUAGGGGAAGUAGUGUAAUUUGGUGCAGCCUUUUUGGAGUACAAUUUGGCGAACUACCAAAAUUUGAAACAUAAGUGUUCUUUGACUCAGGAAUUCUAAUAUAUUUUAUGGAUGUAUGAGCAUAACUAAAGAAAGAUUGGCACAAAUAUAUUAACUUAAAAUUGAGGUAUAACUUACUUAUGCUUCUCUGGACCCUGCCUCUGCUGUUCAAAAAAGCAAAAGAAAGAUGAGUCAUUUUGUAGGGAUUUCAAUGGAUAUUAUAAAGGGAAACCUAGAUGGAAUUUCAAAACCAGCUUCAAAUUCAAGAAUACGCCCUGGGAGCAGAAGUUCAAAUGCUUCUUUGGAGGUGCUCUCAACAGAACCAGGAUCCUUCAAGGUCGAUACUGCAAGCAACUUGAACUCUGAUAAAGAGGACCACUCCGAAAGCAGUAAUACAGAGAACAGAAGAACGAGUAAUGAUGAUAAGCAGGAAAGCUGCUCUGAGAAAAUAAAAUUGGCUGAACAGGGAUCAGAUGAAGAUCUGGAUUUGGUUCAACAUCAGAUAAUCUCUGAGCGUUCAGAUGAACCCAAAUUAAAAGAAUUAGAUUCUCAACUUCAAGAUGCUAUUCAGAAGAUGAAAAAACUUGAUAAAAUAUUGGCAAAGAAACAACGCAGAGAAAAAGAAAUUAAGAAGCAAGGUCUAGAAAUGAGAAUAAAGCUGUGGGAAGAAAUGAAGUCUGCAAAAUAUAGUGAAGCUUGGCAAAGUAAAGAGGAGAUGGAAAAUACAAAAAAAUUUUUAUCUUUGACUGCUGUUUCUGAAGAAACUGUUGGUCCUUCUCAUGAGGAGGAAGACAACUUUUCCUCAGUGUUUCAUACUCAAAUCCCUCCAGAAGAAUAUGAAAUGCAGAUGCAGAAACUCAAUAAAGAUUUUACCUGUGAUGUGGAAAGAAAUGAGUCAUUGAUCAAAUCAGGAAAGAAACCUUUCUCGAAUACAGAAAAGAUUGAGCUCAGGGGUAAACACAACCAGGAUUUUAUUAAGAGAAACAUUGAGUUGGCCAAGGAAUCAAGAAACCCAGUGGUUAUGGUUGACAGAGAGAAGAAAAGGCUGGUUGAGCUUUUGAAGGACUUGGAUGAGAAAGAUUCCGGGCUCUCCAGUUCUGAGGGUGAUCAGUCUGGCUGGGUGGUCCCAGUAAAAGGAUAUGAACUCGCAGUCACCCAGCAUCAGCAGCUUGCUGAAAUUGAUAUAAAACUCCAAGAACUCUCUGCAGCCUCCCCAACAAUUUCCAGUUUUUCUCCAAGACUUGAAAAUCGGAAUAAUCAGAAACCUGACCGUGAUGGUGAAAGAAAUAUGGAAGUAACUCCAGGAGAAAAGAUACUUAGGAACACCAAAGAGCAACGUGAUCUGCAUAAUCGGCUGAGAGAGAUUGAUGAAAAGCUGAAAAUGAUGAAGGAAAAUGUGGUGGGGUCUUGGAAAGCAUUGGUCUGCGUCAGUGGUUCCCAACCAUGGCAGAUGAGAAUCACCUGGAGAACUUUUAAGAACUUAUGAUGCGUAUGUCUCACCUUCUAAGGUUAUGAUCUAGUUUGUGGAACCACUGGUCUACAUCAAACCCAAGUUAAGCAAACAUUAUAUAUUGUUAGUGAGUAGUACAAAACCUUCAAUUCUAUGGACAUUUGGCAAAUAUCUUAAGGUAGAGACUAAAAUUAAAAUUUAGAAUUCUAGAAAAUUUCAAGCUGCCAGUACAAUCUCAAGUUUCUCUAAUUUUUCUUUCUUGGUUUUUUUUUUUUGGUAGCAAUUUUAUACUAGAUUCUUGUGUGCAUUAAAUACCAGUGACUAACUUCUUACUUUUGAUUAAAGGGCAAAGCAUAGUGAUAUUAAUUAUUUUUGGAUUUCAGACAUUCUAUGUCAUGCAGUAUUUUCCCAAUAUACCAGUUUAAUAUCUAUUUGUCCUUAUGCAGUAGAUUUUGUUAGAACAUUUAAACAUAGAUCUUUUGGAAAAUUGACCUUAAGAAGUCUUUUUUUUUUUAAUGCCUUCCCUCUCCUAUUCAUGGCACAUGUGUGUUUUCAUUCUAUAAGUGAUAAUUUUUUGAAUGGCUGUUCUGAAGCUUUAAGUGUAAAUUAUUUUCCUAUGUCCUGAGACUGUUAGAAAACACCAAAAUCUGAGUAACAUACCAGUCAUGGGGUAGAAAAGAUGUGGAAAGGGGUAGCACAGGUCUCUUCUGGGUGUAGGUUUGGCAUGCCCAGGGCCAGAAGGGACAGAGGUGGAUACCUGAGCCCUACCAUAAGGCAAAGUCUCAUAUGUCAAGUGGAAUAAACCCCAGAUGAUGCAUCCACGGGGCUUUUGUUUUUGUAUCUCUUUUUUUUGACCACAAAAAAACCCACUUUUUAAAAUUGUAUAUAUUUAAGGUAUACAACAUGAUGUUUUGAUAUACAUUGUGAAAUGGUUUUUAUAGUCAAGCAAAUUAACACAUUCAUUUCACAUAGUUACCCUCUUUGCGUAUGUGUGGAAAGAACACGUAACAUCUACUCUUUUUGCAAGAAUCUCAAAUAAAAGGCAGUAUUACCAACUAUAGUCCUCAUGUUGAAUGUUAGACCUCCAGACUUGUUCAUCUUACAUGUCUGCAACUUUGUAUCCUUUUAUGUAUAUCUCCCCAUUUCCUACCAGUCUCACCACAUCCCUGGUAACAACUACUUCUAUCACCCCUGGUAACAACCACUUUAUUCUAUCUUCAUGUAUUCAACUUUGUUUUUCUUUUUUUAGAUUCCAUAUAUAAAUGAAAUAAUGCAG